AUGUUGUUGUUCCUCCUGGCAACACAGGGCUCGAUUCAUCCCAAACCUCUUUCUUCCAGGUUCUCAAUAUUCCCACAAAGAAUUAACAAGGGUACUGCUAAAAUCAUCACCCCUGUUGAACUUGUCAAGAAGGGAGACAAGGUGGGAUCUUCUGAAGCUACUUUGCUUGCCAAGAUGGGAAUUAAGCCCUUUUCAUAUGGUCUUGUGGUCCUCUCUGUCUAUGACAAUGGCUCUGUGUUUAGACCUGAAGUUCUCGGUCUUACUGAUGAUGACCUUGUUGCAAAGUUUUCUAUUGGUGUGUCCAUGGUUACUUCACUUUCCUUGGCCAUUUCAUAUCCCACACUGGCUGUUACUCCUGCAGAUAUAACUUAUGCUAAACCAGUUGCAGCUAAGGAGCAGAAAAAGGUAGAAGGCUUACUUCAGAGCGGAUUUGUGCCACUGAGAGAUAUCUUCUGA